AUGAUUGAUGCUCUCCAGGAUCUGACCAUGGAAACUCAGCCGAAAACACAGCCAGUGAAAACAGCUGUAUCCGCUGUCUGUAAAAUCCCGCUGCUCUUUGUGCUCCUGUACCUCUUUGUGUGCUCACUUGACAUUUUAAGCUCUGCCUUCCAACUGGCUGGAGGCAGGGUAGCAGGAGAUAUCUUCCAGGAAAAUGCCAUCCUGUCUAACCCAGUGGCAGGGCUGGUGGUGGGAAUACUUGUGACAGUGUUAGUCCAAAGCUCCUCCACCUCCACCUCCAUCAUAGUCAGCCUUGUCUCUUCUGGUUUACUGGAUGUUCAGUCAGCCAUUCCAAUCAUCAUGGGCUCCAACAUCGGAACAUCCGUCACCAGUACCAUUGUUGCUCUAAUGCAGGCUGGGGAGAGAGAUGACUUUGAAAGGGCAUUUGCUGGAGCUACAGUCCACGACUGUUUUAACUGGUUGUCUGUCUUGGUGCUCCUCCCUCUGGAAGCUGUGACUGGCCUUUUGAGGCGACUGUCAAAGGCUGUGGUCGACACACUACAGCUCAGUACUGGAGAAGAAGCUCCUGAACUUCUUAAAGUCCUCACUGAGCCGCUCACUAUGAUGAUUAUCCAGCUGGAUCGUUCAGUCAUUACAGCCAUCGCUACAGGAGACCAGAGUGUGAGGAACAAGAGUUUGGUGAAACAGUGGUGUCAAGCCCCAACCGUGAAGGACAAUGAAACAUCCUGGGGAACACACAACCUUUCCGAACACACACAGAAAUGUAGGCAUCUCUUUGUGAACUGCUCUUUGUCAGACUUGGCCAUAGGUCUGAUCCUCCUGGCUUGCUCCCUGAUGGUACUGUGCAGCUGUCUGAUACUACUGGUUAAACUACUCAAUUCUCUGCUGAAGGGCCAGGUGGCCAGUGCUAUUAAUAAAGUUGUUAAUACAGAUUUCCCCUACCCUUUUACCUGGCUGACAGGUUAUCUGGCUCUAUUAGUAGGAGCAGGCAUGACCUUUUUGGUUCAGAGUAGUUCUGUCUUCACCGCCGCCAUCACUCCUCUCAUAGGGAUUGGUGUGAUCAGUAUUGAAAGAGCCUACCCUUUAACCCUGGGGUCCAACCUUGGAACCACUACAACAGCUACACUGGCAGCAUUGGCUAGUCCGGGAGAUAAGCUAGCUGCUGCCACACAGGUUGCCAUAUGUCAUUUUCUCUUUAACCUCCUUGGUAUCCUGCUGUGGUAUCCCAUACCAGUCACCCGCUUACCCAUACGCAUGGCUUGUGCCCUUGGCAGCCAAACUGCCAGGUACCGCUGGUUUGCUGUUUUGUACCUCCUCCUCUGCUUCCUGCUGCUCCCAUCCCUUGUGUUUGCCCUCUCCAUGGCUGGUUGGAAGGUGAUGACUGGAAUUGGCGUACCUGUCAUUAUGUUGAUUAUAUCUGGUGCAACAGUAAACAUGCUUCAGGCACGCAGACCUGAUUGUUUGCCACUUAGACUACAGAACUGGGACUUUCUUCCGAUUUGGAUGACCUCGCUGCAGCCCCUUGAUGAUGUCAUCACAAGGAUGACCCUGUGGUGCAGGCAGGGAAGAGGUUGGAGUUGCAAAGGAAAUGAUGGCCCAGUAACAUCACUGGAGGGCAUUAAUGUCAACCCUGAGAGAAAAGUCAGGGAGAAAAGGAGUCAGAGUGGGGACAGACAGGAGAAUGAUAAGAGCUGGCAGAAACAAAAAGGACUGGACGAACUUGGAUGUUGUGAUCUACAGUACAAUGAGGAAGACAACACAGCAAUCAAUGGGUCUUCAGAGAAUAACAUAUUUAACUUGGUUGCACUAGGUGAUGUUAUCACAGAGAUCCUCAACAUAUCACUGCCUCAGGAGAGGGUUCCCACUUGCUUCGAGACAGCCACCAUCAUUCCUGUACCUGAAAAGUUUGCAGUGCCUAGUCUCAAUGUCUGCCUCCCUGUGGCACUCACCCCCAUUCUGAUGAAGGGCUUUGAGAAACUACUUCUGCAGCACAUAAAGAACAACAUCCCAGCCUGGACCCUCACCAGUUUACUUUCAGAAAACGGCUGA